ACAAUCAUCAUUUCCGGUGAAAUUAAAAUUCAAAUGUAUUUAUGUAUGAUGCAUGUCAUAGAUGGAGACAUUAUUGACAGACAUGCUUGAUAUAUUUGCAAUAUUGUGCUUUUGUAGCAAAAUAAAGACGUGUAGAACUAUAUCAUUGUUACAAUUGUUCUACAUUUCUCUUUGUAUGCGCUGAUUGUCGCUAAUUCUAGCGCAGUUUAGCAAAAUAUCAAACCAAUGAAAGCAAAAAUUCGUUUAUUGCUGUCAUUUCUGGUGAUUGUUGGUACUGCGAUAACAUGGUUUAUUAUUCAAUGGAAUUUUACGAAAUUACCAGCGAAAACUUUCAAGAAAAAGGACCUAAUUCAUAGCAUAUCGGAGGAGGACGAAUAUGCCGAAUCUCAGCCAAAACAAAAAACAAAACCACGCGACUUUGCAACUGAUUGUCAAAUGGACAAUUGUUUUGAUUUUCAAAAAUGUAUCAAUGGCUUUAAAGUAUAUGUUUAUCCUUUUGGAAAUGGCGAGAGAAUCUCUGUUAAUUACGCAAAGAUCAUCCGUGUUAUAAAAAAGAGUGCAUAUUACACAGAUAAUCCUGGCAAUGCUUGUCUGUUUGUCUCAUCUUUCGACACGACGGAUCAGGAUAAGUUAAGCAAAGAUUAUGUGAGAGAAUUGGGAUAUAAAAUAUCACAUCUUCCUUACUGGAAUGGAGGAAAAAACCAUAUUUUAUUCAAUUUAUAUUCUGGCACUUGGCCAGAUUAUAGGGAAAAAUUAGACAUUGAUAUAGGCCAAGCAAUCUUAGUGAAAGCUUCAUUUAAUGCCCAACAUUUUAGACCAAACUUUGAUGUGAGUUUUCCAUUAUUUGACAAGGAUCAGCCAAUGUUUGGUGGAGGUAAUUUGCCUUAUUCUGACAGAGUAUUUCCAAUUUUAAAGAAAUACAAACUUGCAUUUAAAGGUAAAAGGUAUUUAAAUGGUAAAGGAGGAGAGAGUCGUAGCUCUCUGCAUCAUAUACAUAAUAAUGAGGAUAUUAUAAUGCUAACAACCUGUAAACAUGGCCGCAACUGGAAAGAUAUGAAAGAUCUUAGAUGUGACCAUGAUAAUGAGUUAUUUGACAGAUACGACUAUGAUGAGCUAAUGGGUAAUGCUACAUUCUGUCUUAUUCCACGAGGAAGACGCCUUGGUUCUUACCGUUUCCUUGAAGCCUUACAAUCUAGCUGUAUACCACUCAUUCUCAGCAAUGGAUGGGUUCUUCCCUUUUCUGACAAUAUUGAUUGGAAAAAGGCUGCAGUAUUUGCUGAUGAAAGAUUACUGACAUUAAUACCGACAAUCAUUAGAGAGUUCACACACGAACAAAUUUUUCAAAUGAAGCAACAAGUUCUAUUCCUGUGGAAUGCUUAUUUCUCAUCAAUUGAUAAAAUUGUAAACACAGUUUUCAAGAUAAUCCAAUCUCGUAUAGACAAACAGAUUGCGAACCAAUAUUUUGUAUGGAAUACCUUCCCUGGCAGUCUUCAUAUUGCACAGUCCUAUUCCAGAAGUGUUAAGGACUAUCCAUUUUAUUACCAAAUCACAGGGCAUGAGGUAGCAUCAAGCUUUACUGCUGUUAUAUAUGCUACAUCAUCAUAUUUAAGAGUUGCCUCACCACUAUACACUCUGAUACAAACUGUUGCUAAAUCUCAGUAUCUUGAAAAGAUUGUGGUAUUAUGGACGGCAAAGGAGAACAUUCCUUCCAAAAGAAGAUGGCCUUCGAUUGAUGUCACUAUAGCGAUUCAAAGGCCUGACAACACCAAUGGUAACAGCAGGUUGUCACCAAGAUCUCUGAUCUCAAGUGAUGUUAUCCUCUCCCUGGAUGAAGAUGUUACCUUGAAUGUCGACGAAAUUAACUUUGCAUUUCAAGUGUGGCGAAAAUUUCCACAGAGGAUUGUUGGAUUUCCGUGUCGUAGUCAUUACUGGGACAGAGGUUUAUCAAAGUGGUUCUAUACAUCACGUUGGAGCAACGAAUGUUCGAUGGUUUUAACCAAUGCUGCAUUUUAUCACAGAUACUACCAUCACUACUAUACGCACAAUCUGCCUACAUCAAUCCAUGAGCUCAUUUCAACAUCAAAAGAAUGUCAAGACAUCGUCCUAAAUUUCAUCACCUCCCACAUCACACGGCAGCCUGCGAUAAAGGUCCUGGAGCGUAAACCGUACAAGGAAGACAUAGCGAACUUAUAUAAGAAAAACUCAGCGAACAAGGAUCAUUUUACGAGAUUGGAAAAUAGAAAAGCGUGCUUCGAGAAACUUGUGGAUGGAUUUGGAUAUAUGCCUCUUGUGUAUACUAAUGUACGUUUUGAUCCUGUCCUUUACAAGGAUCCUAUAUCAAACUUCCGCAAAAAGUACCGCCUUUUAGAGGCUUAAAAUCAGUAUGUGGGUUGCUGCUUAAUAAAACGAGCGCAGGACACCGGAGAAUGCUGGAAAAAAGACGAUCCCUUAACGGCGCGCUAAAGCCUGGUGAGAGGAAACAUACCUUGAGGGAUACGUCAUGAUGGUAUAUACGUCAUCUUUAAGUUUGCAACUGUCGUUCUUUCUCUAGAAUAGAAGAGAAAACACUCUCAGACGAUGAACAGGGUGAAAAAAUAUUACAUUAGAUAAUUAUAUUUUUGCACAAUUUUUUGAGGGACUUUCAAACACGCAGGUGGCAUUAUUAUGUUGAUAAAACUCUGCCACACUAAAGAUGAGCAAAUAUUAAUAAAUGAAAUUCA